AUCUUUUUUUAUAGAUAACUUAUUUUAAGAAUAUAAAUAGGUGAAUUUCGUUACUAGAAGUUCAAUCAGUCCAAAAUGUUGCUCAGGUAUAUCAUUCUUGCAUUCACUGUAUAUGUCGUGGCAGCUUUACCCAGAGAAGGGUUGACACCACGUAUCACAGAUGGAAAAACAGCAAAAGUUGGACAAUUCCCAUAUCAAAUUUCAUUAGAAUGGUCGAUUUUCCCUAUGUUAGUUCCGUACACACAUGUUUGUGGUGCUUCGAUUGUAAAUGAAAAUUGGGUUUUAACUGCUGGACAUUGUUUGACUGAAAUUCCUAAAUUUGGAAAAAUGAGAAUAAACGCCGGAAAGUACAAAAUUAUGGAAGCUGGACCAGAGCAACAACUUAUUAAAAUUUCUAGGAAAGUUGUCCACGAAAAAUAUCCAGGAGGUGUUGCGCCUUAUGAUAUUGCUUUGCUGAAAUUAGAAAAACCUCUUGUAUUUAAUGAUCAUGUUGGCCCAGUUUCUUUGCCACAACAAGAUGAAGAGUUUGAAGGAGAAGUAGUUCUCUCUGGAUGGGGAAGUGUUUCAAAGAAAGUGAUCCCAAGUUUACCAAAAGUUCUUCAGUAUGCUGAAAUGCCAUUGGUUGAUUAUGAAACAUGUAAAAAAGCACUUGGCACUUAUGAAAAAGAUGCUAAGCUUUACAAAACUCAAAUUUGUACUGGCCCCAUCACAAAGACAACAUCUGCCUGCUCGGGUGACUCUGGUGGCCCUCUCGUGAAAACGGUCAAAGACACUCCAGUUCAAGUUGGAAUUGUUUCCUGGGGAAUGUUGCCUUGCGGUCACGGUGCUCCAUCGGUGUACACACGCGUUGCCUCAUAUGCUGAUUGGAUUAAAGAAAAUAUUCAAAAAUAAAUUAAUUUUAAUAAAAAAUUCUAUAAAAACAUA